AUGUUGAGACGAUCGCUCGGUGUAGCUGGACCCUCAGCUGCCACUCGGCAUACCUCGACUGUACGCAGGACUGCUACACGUGUCCGUCUCGGGUAUCAGCUCUGCCUAACAACACCAGAGCCCUCCUCGACAUUCACAGCCAGCUCGCCACUCCGAGGCUUGUCUAGUUCAGCGCUAGCUGCAAGAGGCAGUCCUAACAGCGGCUCUAUCAAGCGCCAAGCCAAGAAGGGGUCACAGUCCGGCUUUGUGGCGCGAUGGAGCCAAAAGGGCUCCACUUCGACCAAUGUCGGCGACCCAAGAGGGAAUGGUGGUCAGAACCAGCGCUUUGGCAACGGCAGGUUCCAGGGUAGAGCAAGUAGCGGCGUUCAGACCAAGAAUGUCGAUUUCUCUAUACCAGAGCCGCCUACAGCGCAAGAAGUGGCGAGAAAACUCGUCGAACGCAUCACAGCAUUGACCAAGGACCCUGAGUUGCCUCUGCAGCUGGUGGCUUACGGCAUCAAAGAUAGACCAGCGCAACUGCUGCUUCAAAGAUGUGAACAAGAAGAUGGUGCUCAGAGGUCAUCAAUGAAUAGAGCACGCGAAGCACCGACGCGAGCGGAGAAUGCGGUCACGGCAAUUAAGCUCUUCGAACUGUGGUCCGAGCAAGCAAAGGACUCGAUUCCAGAUCUGGCACUCAUACACGACACAGGCAAGCAUGCCCAUUCAGAGGUCUUUGCCUAUCUUGCUGAUGCGAUCUCCUCUUAUACGAUCGAAGGCGAGGAGUGUCUUGGUCGAUUCUGCGUCUCGGCCUUUCUGGAUUGGGUCGACCGCGGAUUUACACGUCUCGACCCUUCACCGAGUUUGACUGCAUCGGAAGCAGCUGAGAUCUGCGUGUCACGCUCACAGCUAUCGCUGCUGCGGUCGUGUAUGGAUCUUCGUUUUCCGACUCAUCAAUACCCGCGCGCGCGUACUCUGAUACGGAACAUCCACCUGCAUGUCGGCCCCACCAACUCAGGAAAGACGCAUGGUGCGCUCGUCGCUCUCUCCAAGGCGAGAACGGGCAUCUUUGCCGGUCCGCUGCGUCUGCUUGCACACGAAGUAUGGGAUCGGUUCAACAGCGGUACCGUGUCGCCUAAUGUGGCUGCGCGGGCGUGCAACUUGGUGACAGGAGAGGAAAAGAGGACUGUCGAUCCUCUCGCAGGCUUGAUCAGCUGCACAGUCGAGAUGGUUGCGACGACGCGUGCGGUCGACGUAGGCGUAAUCGACGAGAUUCAGAUGAUCGGCGAUGCACAACGUGGAUAUGCGUGGACGAAUGCGGUGCUCGGUUUGGCGGCAAAAGAGCUGCAUCUUUGCGGAGAGGCAUCCGUGAUCCCGCUCAUCGAGAAUAUUGCCAAGGCGUGCGGCGAUCAUCUCACCAUUCAUCGCUACGACCGACUAACACCGCUCAGCGUCGCCGACGAGUCUAUCCACAACGACCUCGGUCAAAUCCAAAAGGGAGACUGUGUUGUUGCAUUUUCGCGUUCGGGCAUCUUUGCACUCAAGAGCGACAUUGAGAAAAGGACAGGCUUGCGAUGUGCCGUCGCGUAUGGAGCUCUGCCGCCCGAAACCAAGGCGGAGCAGGCCAAGCUAUUUAACGAGGGCAAGCUCGACGUGAUGGUGGCGAGCGAUGCGAUUGGUAUGGGACUCAAUCUUCGCAUCAAACGAGUCGUGUUCGAUACGCUCACCAAAUGGAAUGGCAAGGAGGAGGUAACGCUGUCCGCAAGUCAGAUCAAGCAGAUUGCCGGUCGAGCAGGGCGGUACGGGACGCAGGACAAGGAGACCAACAAAGCAGAAUUGGGUGGACUUGUGACGACACGCCACGAACACGAGCUCGAGAUCCUGCGCGCAGCGCUCGCCUCGCCCUUGCUUCCGAUCACACGAGCGGCGAUUGAGCCUUCAUCCGAGACGCUGGGUCAGCUCAGUGCAAUGCUCCCCAGCGUCAAUGGUAAAUCGGGACCGCGGACCUUGUCGCAACUGUACGCAGACGUCGCUCUGCUCUCGCGCAUUGAUUCGACCAAUUUUUUCCUAUCGGACUUCAGCCAAAAACUCACCAUCUCGCCUCUGAUCGAAUCGGCAUCCAACGGAAUGCUCACCGUUGCCGAAAGGGAGACCUUUUCCAACGCCCCCGCCAACACCCGCGACGAGCGAGUCGUCGCAUUCCUCUGCAAGGCCGUUCGACAGUUCAGCCGUGGUGGAUUGGUCGACUUUGAUACGGCCGUAAAAGACCUCGGGAUGCUCGAAGUGGAGGAACAAGUUGUAUCCCUGCUGCAACAGGCUAUCGCCGCACGCGACCAUCUCGGCCACACUUGUGCCAAGCAAGAAGAGAAGGAAUUGGCCCUGUUUGCCUAUCUCGACAUGUCUUCUGGGAGCAAGGGAACCGACAGCAAUCGAGGCAGCGCAGCGCAUCCGCUGAUCAACAUCACCACGCUGCUCAUGUUGGAAUCGCUCCAUCGAUGUUACACGUUAUAUCUGUGGUUGAGCUUCCGUUUUCCACUGGCUUUCUGUGGUAGAGCCGAGGUGGAUGGACGCAAGAAAACGGCUGAAGAGGCGAUCGAUUUCGUACUGCAGGGAAUCAGGUUUGGUCGGGCCAAGCGAUUGCAGGCUAUGGGAAGGGAUCCUGCCAACAAGACAAAGAAGCUUGCUUCGACGCGGCGUUGA